AUGGAAUCCACCAGCAACUCAUCCAUCUCCGGCAAUCGCAAAGCCAGCAAGAAGACCGUCGCCUCCUCUGCGACUGCGAAACCAAACGGGAAGUCCCCUGUUUCAUCUAGCAAUCCGAUGAACCCAAACACUGUUACCGCUCUGUCCUCCGCGCAUGCAAACCAAGUGAUGUUCUUCAGAGAUGUUUCACUCGGCCCACGCGAAGCCGAGUUGAGGUUUCGUCUGAUUCACUUAUGGGAGGCUCGAAAUAUAUGCACGAAAACCUUGAUUGGACAAGAGAUGCUCCUUAUCGACGAAGAGGGAACUGUUAUUCAAGGUUUUGUUCCAGCCGGUCAAGUAGGGACAUUUGAUCUGGUAGCUGGUUCCGUCUAUAAGCUCAACAAUUUUUUCGGAUCCAGGAACAAAGCUCAGUUCUCGGUUGCUGAUCAUAUCGCCAUCGUCUCAUUCAGUUGGAAUUCUGAUUUAUCCGUUCUUGAGAACCCUCCGGUUCUGAUUCCAGAAGACAGGUUCAGGUUCCACAGCUUCGAGGAGUUUAUGGCCAACUGUGAUUCCAAGGGUGAUCUUUACGAUUAUGUUGGCCACAUGAGGCUGGUGAAUGGACAGACUCUCACUGACCAUACUGUUCUUGACGAAGUUGCCAUAGCUGAGAAGCGGCAUCUAUGUGUUCAUGUUCAGACACAUGACGGACCAGUGAUGAAGCUCUAUCUAUGGGAUAAUGCCGCAUCUGAGUUCUGCUAG